UUUUUCUUCAAACGUCAAACGAGCGUCAUUUUGUAUCGUGCCAGAGGAAACGUGCCGAAGAAAUUUUCCGCACUUUUUUCGCGAGAAAUUAGUAAUUCCAUUCUACCAAAUAUCCCACGAUGGCUGACGAAAAGAAGGACAACAAGAGCUCGGAAUCGGAGCACAUCAACUUGAAGGUGCUGGGCCAGGACAACGCCGUCGUACAGUUCAAGAUUAAAAAGCACACGCCGCUUCGCAAGCUGAUGAAUGCCUACUGUGACCGGGCGGGCCUGUCGAUGCAGGUCGUGCGAUUCCGCUUCGAUGGCCAGCCGAUCAACGAAAACGACACGCCGACAACGCUGGAGAUGGAGGAAGGCGACACAAUCGAGGUGUACCAGCAGCAGACCGGCGGCGGAGUAUUCCAGGGCGGCGAAAUUACUAUGUAAAUCACUAAGCAUUAGGUUACCAUUCCUCCAAGCCUCCCCCCCCCUAUACUUCCUACCUACUUCAUUACCCCCGCCAUUCCCUGCGUUCCACUCCCCCGCUGCAGCGUUUGGUGUGAGAGUGUAUGUGCGUGUGCGUGUACACCCGGGCACACGGCUGCGGGAAGAUUCUCUUGCUAGGAAACGGCCCGCUUGGGUCCUUUCGACAAUUUUUUUUAAAGAAUAAACCAUCUAAACUACAAAACCCUUCGUGAAAAUGGCGCUCACCAACACACAGCAGGCGGGCAGCCGGGUUUAGGCAACGCCGGAAAACGGAUCAAGGAGAAAAAUAAAGAAAAUUGUAAAUCCAAGCAA